AAUAGAUCUUGGUUUUCCAAUUUUAGGAAUUAGGUCAUAGACAAUUGAAGUUUAGAAGCCGUUGAUGAAGAGAGCGAUGUUAAAGAAGAGCGCCGCUGUGAGAAAAAUAGCCGAUGAUGACUUUAUCUCAUUGACAAGAUGCCAAUUAUAAAGACAAAAAAUUUAGUGAAGAGCACAUCAGGACGAGUAAGUUCAUGGUGUUUUAUAUUGAGUGUGAUAAAUUGUAAUUUGUGGUGUAUUCCCCAUUGAUCCAAUCAUGCAGAAGCAGCGCGUACGAGUGUAUUGUCAAGUCGGUGGAAAGAGAUGUGGAUGCAUACACCAACUCUUGAUUUUGAUGUUAUGGGAGAUUACAUGAAAUUGCCAUCAGAUUUCGCCUUAAUACCUGGGGAAGCCACCAAGUAUGUUGACUGUGUAAACCGAGUGUUGAAACUUCACAAAGCCAAGGAAUUGAUAACCGAGUUCAAGGUCCGUUUUGAUAUAAGGAAAUGCCACCAGGGUUACAUUGACGAUUGGGUUAAGUUUGCGUGCUCCACGCAGCGUUUGGAAAAGCUAAAUUUCAGCUUCUUGGACGCGAGGUACUAUCUGCAUAACGAACCCGAGACCUCUGUUUUUCCUAAUCCACUCACCCUAAGUGGCGGUGGUUUUAGGUGCCUGAAAGAGUUGUGCUUCCAGAGUAUCAAUGUCAAUGAUGACGUGCUCGCCUACUUUGUGGGUGUUGAGUGUUACUUCAAAGUCCCACAUCGGUGGGAUAGGAAAAUUGUUGUGUGAUGGAAGCCUAUAUCCCCUCUUUAUUUAUAGGCUCCAAUCCCUCCUCAAUUUUCCUAUCCCACCGAUGUGGGACUUUGAAGUAACACUCAACAAAUCUCCCCUUAAUUC